AUUGAAGACAUUCUCCCUUUCAAGUUAGAAGACGCAUGCACAGACGGCCGAACCCAUCGCGAAAGUUACCGAGCAUAUCAUUGGCCAGGAUCAUUGUGUCACACCUAUCAUCGUAAGGUGAAGUCCUUAGUGCCUUCCCCUUUUCGGUGUAAGGAAACGAGGCUGCGAUCAUCUUCGAAAAUGGCACCCAUGAAACCAUAUUACUACAUGCAGCCGGACAAUAUCAUCGCCGCGGCGGUAGCUUUAUCGUUACUUGACAUUAUCGUUGUCGCUCUAAGAUUCUGGACACGGAAGAUUCAAAGACAACCACCUAAAGCGGACGAUUGGUUGAUGGUGCCUGCUGCGCUAUUGACGGUCGGAGUCGCUAUCUCUCAGAUUUAUGGAGUGUCGAAAAGAAGUAUCGGAUAUCGGACCGAUAUACCACCAGGUUAUACGGGAAGCGUCGACGAACUGGUCACGCCGCAGAUAACUCUGAAAUCGCAAAUCGAAUGGGCUUUCUUUCUCAUGCUUCCUAUAGCUUUAUGUUGCAUAAAGACUAGCUUCCUCUGCUUCUACAGACGAGUCUUUUCAGUCCAGAAACGCGACACAGUAGACAUACUACUCAAGGGGUCUAUUGUAUUCGUCGUACUCUGGACGAUAGCAUUUUUCUUCGCCGUGCUUUUCCAAUGCGGCACCCAAUUCUGGGCGAUAUGGAACUCAGAAGCGGAAUUGAAGAGGCGAUGCACUAACACUAUCAACAUGAUUAUUACCCUCUGUAUCACCGAUUUUAUCACUGACCUCGUCAUCAUCAUUAUCCCUAUUCCAUUGGUUCUUCGAUUGAACUUGAAUACUACCAAGAAGAUUGGUGUCUGCGCUAUGUUCCUUCUCGGAGGAGGGAUACUCGUUUCCUCCCUAGUGCGAUUUGUUCUAAUGGCUGGAAGUUUCAUGGGAGGUCUCAACAUUACCGACGAUAACAUUCUUGGAGUGUCAGCAUGCUUAUAUUGGGGUAUGGUAGAAUGCGGCGUCGGUGUAUUCGCAGCUUGUCUACCAACUAUCCAAUACCUCGUUAGAAAAUUUGUCUUCGAACCAGUCGUCAGUUCCGCCAAGAGUAUAUUCAGCUCCCGAUCCUCCCGACACUCCUCAGAUUUCCGAAGGGAUGGCGUGCAUAUCGAAAAGACAGUCGACGUUUCAUAUAAAGAAUUGAAAGACGACUGUCUGGCCCGACCAGAGUCAAGCGUUAUCGCCGAGAGAGUUACGGACCAUACAUAUGACGUGCGGGAUGAACGUGUGGGUGCUUUUGUAUGAGGGGUGAAAGACUGUUCUAAGACCCUGGUCUCAUAUGUGGAGAAUAUACCUCCUGGGAAUGGUUUAGGACUACCAGGUAGGUGUAUCUACUAUGCAGCCCUACGAUGAGUGUAGGCUUAAUGAUUCGUCAGUAUUUAACUAUUAUUCAUAGCUGAAUAGAAUAGUAUGAU